AUGUGGAAAGUAUUUACGAAACGCUGCAAGUCGAUCCGGUUGGAGCUCGAGCGGGCAAUAGCCGAUGAAAACACGAGCCAGUGCUGUCUUGGGGUCGAGACAGCGAAGCACUGUGAGGCUUCUGCAGAACGCACUGACCAGCCUUCAGCUCUGUGCAAAAGUCAUUCAACUUCUGAGCUGCUACCGACAACCAGUAACAACGCAAUACCUGAAAAUUAUCAAAAUGGUGAAUGUCUUUUGACGCAGCAAAAAUACGAUUCUGAAAUCGGUAACGCAGAAGCCCAAAAUGAGGCAACUUCGGCACUUAAUCUCGCACUUAAUGGAUCAUUGGAUCCCGCUACAGAGCCAACAGCAAAAACAAAAGCACCAGCGACAGUAGCUACCGAGGGAACAGCAAUGAUCACAGAGCAGCUUUCGCAGUCUUCAUCCUCAGUUCCGAAAAAUCCUGGUUUUACAACCUCAUCACCUUUUAAAGCCGGGCCUAGCAUAGCUUCAUACUCUCCAGUUGCUGCUGUUCAGCCGAAACUGAACGACCUGACAACACAUUCACCACCACCACCGGAGAAAUCAUCGCAGCAGCAGCAGGCAUCACCAUCACAAGCUUCAUCUCCACAAAGCAAUCGGCCAGUGGUAGCGCUGACACCAGCUGAGAAGCGAAUUGUGGAUGAAAUUAUGCGUGAUAGCUUGCAGGAGUUUGUCGAGGUAAAAUUUAUUGAGUCUAUCAACUGA